GGCAAUUCAACGCUACCAAGUCCUCACGGGUCGCUGGGUACCUCGGUACCAUGUCCUCCUGGGUCGCCAGGUAAUUCGGUACAAAGUCCUCCCGGGUCGCUAGGUACCUCUGUACCAAGUCCUCCGGGGUCGCUAGGUACUUUGUUACCAAGUCCUUACGGGUCGCCAGGUACCUCGGUACCAAGUCGUCAUGGGUCGCCAGGUACCUCUGUACCAAGUCCUCCCGGGUCGCCGAGUACUUCGUUACCAAGUUCUCACGGGUCGCCGGGUACUUCGUUACCAAAUUCUCACGUGUCGCCAGGUACCUCGGUACCAAGUCCUCACAUGUCGCUAGGUACCUGGGUACCAAGUCCUCACGGGUCGCCAGGUACCCCGGUACCAAGUCCUCCCGGGUCACCAGGUACCUACCUCUGUACCAAGUCCUCCUGGGUCGCCGGGUACUUCGUUACCAAGUUCUCACGGGUCGCCAGAUAUCUUGGUACCAAGUCCUCAUGGGUCGCCAGGUACCUCGGUACCAAGUCCUCAAGGGUCACCAGGCACCUCGGUACCCAAUCGUCACGGGUCGCCAGGUACCUCGGUACCAAGUCCUCCCGGGUCGCCAGAGACCUACCUCUAUACCAAGUCCUCCCGGGUCGCUGGGUACUUUGUUACCAAGUCCUCACGGGUCGCCAGGUACCUCGGUACCAAAUCGUCAUGGGUCGCCAGGUACCUCGGUACCAAGUCCUCCCGGGUCGCCAGAGACCUACCUCUAUACCAAGUCCUCCCGGGUCGCCGGGUACUUCAUUACCAAGUUCUCACGGGUCGCCAGGUAUCUCGGUACCAAGUCCUCAUGGGUCGCCAGGUACCUCUGUACCAAGUCCUCAAGGGUCACCAGGCACCUCGGUACCCAAUCGUCACGGGUCGCCAGGUACCUCGGUACCAAGUCCUCCCGGGUCGCCAGAGACCUACCUCUAUACCAAGUCCUCCCGGGUCGCCGGGUACUUUGUUACCAAGUCCUCACGGGUCGCCAGGUACCUCGGUACCAAAUCGUCAUGAGUCGCCAGGUACCUCGGUACCAAGUCCUUCCGGGUCGCCAGAGACCUACCUCUACACCAAGUCCUCCCGGGUCGCCGGGUACUUCAUUACCAAGUUCUCACGGGUCGCCAGGUAUCUCGGUACCAAGUCCUCAUGGGUCGCCAAGUACCUCUGUACCAAGUCGUCACGGGUCGCUAGGUACCUCGGUACCAAGUCGUCACGGGUCGCUAGGUACCUCGGUACCAAGUCGUCACGGGUCGCUAGGUACCUCGGUACCAAGUCGUCACGGGUCGCUAGGUACCACGGUACCAAGUCGUCACGGGUCGCCAGGUACCUCGGUACCAAGUCCUCCCGGGUCGCCAGAGACCUACCUCCAUACCAAGUCCUCCCGGGUCGCCGGGUACUUCAUUACCAAGUUCUCACGGGUCGCCAGGUAUCUCGGUACCAAGUCCUCAUGGGUCGCCAGGUACCUCGGUACCAAGUCGUCACGGGUCGCUAGGUACAUCGGUACCAAGUCGUCACGGGUCGCCAGGUACCUCGGUACCAAAUCGUCAUGAGUCGCCAGGUACCUCGGUACCAAGUCGUCACGGGUCGCCAGGUACCUCGGUACCAAGUCCUCAAGGGUCACCAGGCACCUCGGUACCCAAUCGUCACGGGUCGCCAGGUACCUCGGUACCAAGUCGUCACGGGUCGCCAGGUACCUCGGUACCAAGUCCUCAAGGGUCGCCAGGUACCUCGGUACCAAGUCCUCAAGGGUCGCCAGGUACCUCGGUACCAAGUCCUCAAGGGUCGCCAGGUACCUCGGUACAGUAAAAAAUAGGCAUUGAUAGAAAACGUAACAUUUGUAUUUAUAACAUUCUUUGUGUACAAAAUAGAAAAUAGAAAAAUCAUGAGAAACAGUAAUCACUGAUCAUUACUGAUAAUCACUAAUAAGUAAUAAUCCAUUUUAAUCACUAAUAACAGAUAAUCACAAAUAAUCACUGAUCAACACUAAUAAUUACUAAUCAUUAGUGAUUAAUAACCACGACCAGUGAUCGCAUGCGGUGGCGCAUUUCAAUGUCUUACACACACCUGUUGUUUCAUAUGUUGACCAGAGGGGGCGCACUUUUAACAGCGACACACAGUCCAUGUGGAAAAUCCCUCCUUUUUGGGAACCCUCAUUUUGACCAGCAGGGGUGCAAAUGAGACAUUGUCUAUUAGAUGCAAUGUUAUUGGGACCAUGAUUUAGGUCACCACUUCCUCAUAUGGAAGAUACUUUGACUUUGUCAUUAUCUCAAGAAGGGUAGAAAUACAAGAACACACACACACACACACACACACACGCACGCACAGAAACAAAGCGCAAAGUGAACUGCAAAACGGGAAGACCGCGGCCUACGAGGGAGAGUUGCCCCGUUUCAUCCGUACCGUCGUUUCACCCAUACCGUCUCACCCCUAACAAUUAUAACAGAAAAAUGUGUGACUCACAUGUGGU